AUGUUAUUCCCCUCAUCUCUCUUUACACCAAACCACUCCCACGCUCAGCUAUGCAACUCCCCAGACAAGCGCUUUCCAAACAACAGUGUCGGAAUACCAAAACUUCUUUGGUACAAAUUAGGUCCAAAGGGUCUCAAUGAAGACACAAGAGCCUGGACAGAGAGUUGCAUCGAGCUCAAUCCUACUUAUACCGCGGAGUUCAUGACGGAUGAGGCAGCUGAUGCAUAUGUGAAGAACACCUUCGCAUCCCGUUCCGACAUCGACGAUAGGACCGUCUCAAGUAUUGUUGAGAGCUACCUGGGCCUGACAAUACCGAUUCUAAAAGCCGAUUUUCUCCGGUAUCUAUUGUUAUUCGACAAAGGCGGCAUCUGGUCCGAUCUAGACGUAUCUUGCAAGGGCGUGCCAUUUGACGCGUUUGUACUACCACAGUACAAAGACGCUGCACUCGUUGUGGGAUGGGAAUUCGAUAUGGGGUGGGAUAUGCCCUUCGUCCGCCAGUUCGCAAGUUGGACUAUUCUGGCAAAGCCGGGCUCGCCCCAUAUGUGGCAGGUCAUUGUCGACAUACUGGACUCCUUGAGUACCACAAUGGCAUCCAACAAUGUCACAAUCGGGAAUCUUACACUUUCCAUGGUCGGCGACGUUGUCGACUUUACUGGUCCAAGGCGUUUGACGAACAGUAUCUACAAGAGCCUUGGGAAGACAUUGAAGAGAACGAUUGGCGAAAAAGACAUGUCCAAACUCCUGCAACCGAAGUUAGUUGGCGACGUCCUCGUCAUGCCAGGACGAUCGUUUGCUGCCUCAUCAAACAGAUAUACGAAAGAGGAGGAAGCACAGCUUCCUGCAGCAUUGGUCACGCACCACUACGCGGGCAGUUGGAAAAAUGAUCAUGGUGGAGAGUCUGUGUGA